AUGCGGAUGCACACUCAGCGAGGCACGGGCGUCAGCGCGGCAACCAGGACCAACCACGCGAGGGGCCCAGGAAUCCAGGUGGUGAGGCUCUCGAAGGGAUGGGUGCACAGCGGCACGGCGGCGCAGAAAGGGAUGGUUGCUGUGUUGCUGCGUUGCUGCGUUGCAACUGCUGCAGGGCCAGGCACAGGAGACGGCCGGGUCACGGCGCAAGAGCCCAGGGCGGAGCCGGAGGGGGGUUCUCGAAUGCAAAGCAGCAGAUGCAAUGAUGUCAAGCUCAGGUGUCGUGGUGCUGCGCUUACGGUAGCGGCGGUCCCUUUGUCCAAGCAGCUGGAGGGGAGGCCGCUGCGGUUGGCUGCCUGUGGAAAGGAGAACAAGAGGAACCCUGUGUUGAAGGACAAAGAGCUCCGAGUAUUGGGCCGUCUGGCGAAGAAUUGCCGGCCCAAGACGGUGCUGCUAAGUGAGGGGCCUUGA